GUCCAUGCUUGCUUGCUUGCCCCCCGGCACGAACGUUGGGGCGCGUAUCGUCAUAAAUAAUGAGCCUUUUUUGAAGGUGAAGACACAUGGUAUGCCAAUCUUAACGCUGGAGAAAUAUGAUUACGGCCCGCAAGGUGGUUGAAUGAAUGCGCUAAAGAAAUGCAUCGAUCGCGGCUAACAAACCUUCUUUUGGGAUGAUUUCUUCCCGAAUUUUGCUCGCUCGUCGUGCAUGUCACAUACCCCUUUUCCUUUCCUCUCGACCUGUUCAAAAAGGGUGAUUUUGCCGGUUUGGCGUACUCCGUACGUGCCCUUAUCAUUGAAACGCGCCUCGCUGCCCCGCGGCAAUCGAACUGUGCUCGAGCCGAACCCACCUGCAUAUCCGGUACGAAGCAUCACAACAACUCACGGCUCAGAACGCCGCUCGGUUUCAGCGGUAACUGGAGCCACGAGGGGGGCCGCGUGGUUGGAGCUGCAUAGGGAGUGGAAGCCGAUCUUUUUGGGUUUCCCACGCGGCUUCAUUCGUUCCCUGGGCCGUUGUCCAAAGCCUUUCUCUCCCUUGCAUAACACCGUUGUUUCCAACUGGCGGGAGAAAUUGCUCUGUGCUACGGACUACUCCGUCAGGAGUCCUCGUUUCCACGAAUUGAGACCGCAGUCUCGGAGGUAAUCUUUAAUGUUCUAGAUGUUGAUCGGCACCACACGCCCCGGAUGCCUACUGCUGCCCUAUUCUCGAAAAAGUAUGCGAAGUACCGUUUUGAUUGAUGAAAGAUGCCUACCAUGUUGCCCAUCCCAGAGCGAGUUUCGAGCAUCUCAGCUUCCUCCGGCGAAUUAAGCAGUCAUCUGAGUAGACGGAAUACAUCGUCCAGAGUAAACUUGCUUUCCGAGACGCCCAAUCACGACUCUCAAUUGCGGAGUGAAACGUUUCUGGCGAGGAUUAACAAAAGGAAUCCACAAGAGUCACAUUUACCUCAACCUGAAGAAGGAGAAUAUUAUCGAGACGGAAAUGGUGAUGGAAUAAAUGCUGCAGACUCAAUAAAAGGAGGAUAUCUGACGGAGCGUGAACUGAGCCAACGGGCGUCAUCUCCCCUGCUGGGUCAGACAUACAAGCGCAACCAUCAUGCGGGAUUAUCUUCCUUUCAUGCAAUCCCCAAACCUCUGCGCCCAUCCGAGUCAUCCUCGACGCUUCGGUCCAUCUAUGACCACCCCAGCUCACUGCCGUCGUACAAAACUUCAGCGAGUUCCCAUAGCGAUGUGAGUCUUAGGAAUAAUUUCCAGACUUUUACGCAACCAGCCCCUGAUAUGAUGACGGGUCAUGACAUAAAUGCUGGCCAAAAAGAGCGUCGAAAAUCGUUAAAGGCCAAACGUCGACCACCCAUGAUCGAUCUAUCGAAACUAUUCCCUAGGCCACGGGAUACCGCCGUGUCGCUUCUUUCCCCCCACCGGUUGACGACUUCACCCUCUCCUGUCUCUCUCCAUUCCGAUGCGUCUGCUACUAAGCCCUCAAAGAUCAAUCGAAUUUACAACGGCAAUAAACUUACCAAAAGACCAAGGGCGAGAGACGCCGCAGAAAUGCGCCUGAGGCUGCGGAAAGAAAAAUUACAACGUGAAGAACAGGAACACGAACAGGAUCAGGGAUACUAUGGCGAAAGACAACGAUUGUACCAAGACCAGCGGCGGGAAUUCCAACCCGAGAUAACGCUUGGUCCCACAUUGUCUCAGCGGCGGAAAUACGAUGGCUGGCGGGAUCCCACUAAAUAUCGACAUCGAACGGGCCCGGACUGGUUUGACGGUCCAGAGGGGCAAGUAAGCGAUGAUGAUGAGGAUUCUGUUAUUGGAGAGCAAGAAGCGCAGAACACGGUGCCUGCCAUGUUGGCUGCUCUCCAGGAAGUCAGUCGUCCUAGACAUAGCAGUUUCAGCUCUGGUGGUCCAUCUCUGUACAGAUCCAACCUAUCCAGAAGUUCAAGCCAAAUUAUGCCGGCCUCUUCAAAUAGCUCGACUAUUAAACGAGCGCCAAGUUCUCAGGAUCUGAGCUCAGGGCACGUCUACCAUCCAACUCCGAUGCUCGACGGAAAUCCGACGGGAUCGCAGCCUGGUCGCAACGCUAUUCCUGCCAAUCGUGGGCCCACAAAGUCGCAGAAUGGUGGUGCGGUCAUGAGAAGACCAAGCAAGCUAUCUUUAAACUCUAAAAACCUCAAUGAGUCUAGUAUGCUCUGUCUUUCAUCGUCCGAAGAUGACGAGGACGAGGACGAUCGUGAAGAUGCCACCUCAAGUUACGUCAAUCGAACUGUGCUACGGGACAGCAUUGCCACUCUUGAUGAAGGUGCUGAAAUCUGUACUGCGCAAGCUAUCGAAACUCGAAGCCAUUUCUCUAUUAAGAGAGUACCAACAGGUCAUUCUGUUAGAACACGAACGACCCGAUCCACGGCUCCGACUAGCCAAAAUAAUUCCGCUGCCUCCAGCGUCAUAUCAUCGAAUCGGAGUCGGAGUGGCUCAGUAAGCUGGUCCAGCCAAAUCCCAAGUAUUUCGGAGCCAGCAACUUCGCCGUCGUUGCAUCCAUCCACAGCACAGAGUCUGGACUCUCGCCGUCCUGGUUCGAAAUCUCAAUCAAAUAAACAGAACGCACCCCCAAGCAAUCGGAGGAGUCGGUUUAUGGCUGUUACUCGACAGGAAGAAUAUCUACUUGAGCUUAUCCGGCGAAACAAAGGUAGUAUUCCAACCAAUCUCUUCACGGAAGCGGAGUUGAGCGGCCCUGAGCCAGAGGGAAAGGUUCACCAUGCACAUCGGCCGACUUCUGCAUACAACUCCGACGUCUCUUUUUUGAAACUCAGCCCAGGGAUUCCACCUCGUGGAAAGCCACGAUUCCAUGCCGAUACGAGCACGCUCUCAGAUGGAGGCUCGCUGGCGGUGUCUGAUCCUGGUGAUGCGCUAACGGAGCACUCCGGAGCCUCCCCUCGAACCAGCCUAGUCCAUUCCGAUACAUUUUCCUCCCCGUCUACCGGGUUAGGGUCACCCCUUACGCCAACUUUGCCCACUAUUCAACGCCUCCCGUCACGUAAAUCUCAUCGCUCACAAUUUCCGACAGCAAUCCAGGAGGAACGACGCCAUUCUAGGACCCGUACGGAUAGCAGCAGCGCCAUAGUGUUUGACGGUGAUGAGAACGGCGGGAACGAUACAGAACAAAGUGUAGAUCUACCUAUCUGGGCCCUUGGCUGGAGUAACAAUGAGCCUUCUAAUGUCGCAGUGGUCCACUGAUUCCAUUUGUGGUCCACUGAUUCCAUUUGUCGUCGAUAGGGAUGGUAUUUGCUGGCAAUGCGUCCCUACUUCCGCCACACAUUGCCCUUCGUUGAAUUAUAACAUUACGACUUUCCAUUCUCCUAUUAAAUAGCUACAUACAUAUUCAUUACUCCAUUUCUGAAUUCGAGAACAGCUUAUAGCUAUCCCCUUAGCAUAACUUAAUGGUUAUUGUUCGCAAUUUUUCCCUCUGCCCAGAUCAAAUGACUUGUGAAUAGUUUAGUUAAAAUUCCUUGCAUGUUUCGAUUUGGGAUUUUUUCUCCUUUUUUUGAACC